AUGGAUCAACCGCUGAAAAUCACCAUCGUGGGCGCCGGGUUGGCCGGACUUCUAGCGGCACGAGUUUUGCGCGAGAGGCACACUGUGACCUUAGUUGAAAAAUUCCAUGGUGGACAUGAGGUCGGCGCCGCCAUUAACCUCGGCCCAAACGGGGUGCGCAUCAUCGAACAGCUUGGGUUCAACCAGGCUCGAUGUCAGUCUGUGGGAUGCGGCGAGACGUGGACACUAAAUAAAGAAGGGAAACUGCUGGGCGUGGAGAGCAUGGCGCAUCUCAAAGAAAUGUAUUGUGCGGAGUGGCUCUUCCAACAUCGUGCAGACCUCUGGAACGAAUUCCUGAGGCUAGCAGAGUGCCCAUCAGCCAACUUGGGUAUUUCUGGAGAGCCCGCAAGGAUCCUGUGGGGUCAAGAGGUGGUAAACGUCGACGUUGAGUCCGGUGAUGUCUUUCUUUCCAGUGGACUGAAGCUGGAGUCGGAUUUGGUCGUCGGGGCAGAUGGUAUUAAAUCCAUUGUCCGACCGUUGGUGGUCGCAGAGGAAGCUUUCCGGACUGCUCGUCCGUCGGGCUCUUCAGCAUUCAGGUUCACGAUUCCUAAGGAGAUCUUGGAUGGGCAGCAGCCUGGCUUGCGGGUGAUGGAUCCAGCGAAGCCCGGUGCUUUAGAGAUACACCUGAGCAUGGAUGGCUCCAGUCGAUCCGUCAUCAUGUACCCGUGUCGGGAGUACGCACUGCUGAACGUGGGUUGUAUCACACCGGAUGCGAUUCUCCAGACGGCUACGACGGAGUCUUGGUCUGCGGAAGGCUCUAGGGAAGACCUGCUGCGAUGUUUCGGGGACUUCUCUCCGAGCGUUCGAAAUGUGCUCGAUCUUGCCGAGAAUAUCAAAGUAUGGCAGCUUCGGGACCAGGAUCCUCUGCCUACAUACCGGCGCGGGCGAGUAGUCCUCAUUGGAGAUGCGGCACAUUCCAUGACGCCGCAUCAGGGUCAAGGAUGUAACCAGGCGAUUGAAGAUGCGGAGGGCUUCCGUCUCUUCAAUCAACCGAAUGUUUCGCGGGAGGGGAUUCCUGACUUGCUCAUGGACUUUGAUCUGGUGCGACGCCCACGCGCAUCGAAGAUUCAGAAUCACACCCGCCAGGCACACCAGAAGGCUUCUGCACAGGAUCUUUGGAUGUACACGGACUAUAACUAUACAUACCCAGGUAUCCUGGAGUGUCUAAGGCGACUAAAUGCGGACGGUAGGUUCUAUUGA